UAUCUAUGGUCUAUUAUUAUUAAAAAAAAUGGAAUUUAUAAGAAUAUUAGUAAAUGCAAUAAAGUAAAUGUGUUUUUUGUUCUCAAAUACACGCUUUCAUAUUGUACUUUGCCUUUUUAACUUUUUUAAACUAUGAUUAAUUUACAAGUGCAAGAACAAGAAGUGUUUUUUUUUGUCAGUUUUAUUAACAGUUAAAAAAAACGUUAAAGUCCUGCAAAACCUCCAAAAAUGUCUUUAUCUAACGGGAUAAAAUAAUAUGAAUUAUAAAUCGUAACUUUAAAAGGUUACUUCAUCAGUGACAUUCACAUAUCUUGUUCCUAAACCUUAUGUUUGAAUUGUUUUUUGUUUAAUCUUAAAAAUGAGUGAUAUAGCUUCAAUAAAGGACGACUCAUUUGAGGUGCUACCGUUUGCUCUUGGAAUAGGCAUAAUCGUUAUAAGCGCAGUGAUAUACCAGUUGUUUUUUUCUAAAACUGGCAUAAAAGGUGGUAAAAAGAAGAAAUUAGUUACUUUAGAGGAUCCUCAGAAGAAGUAUGCAUUGCCACUGAUAGAAAGACAUGAAAUUAAUCACGACACUAGAAGGUUCAGAUUUGGACUUCCUUCACCUAAUCAUGUUUUGGGUCUUCCAAUAGGACAACACAUUCACUUAAGCGCAAAAGUAGGAGGCGAUUUAAUAAUUAGGUCUUACACACCAGUUUCAACAGACGACGAUUAUGGAUACGUGGAUUUGGUGAUAAAAGUUUAUUUCAAAAAUGUUCACCCUAAAUUUCCAGACGGGGGAAAAAUGUCACAAUAUUUGAACAACAUGACAUUGGGGGAGACUGUUGAUUUUAGGGGUCCAUCUGGCCGUUUACAGUACAUUGGCCCAGGGAAAUUUUUGAUUAAAAAACUACGCAGCGAUCCUCCUCAAGAAGUAAAUGUGUCGAAAAUUAACAUGAUAGCUGGAGGUACUGGAAUUACUCCUAUGCUUCAGCUAAUACGACAUAUAACAAAAGACCCCCUGGAUAAUACAAAAUUGACAUUAUUAUUUGCUAAUCAAAGUGAAGGAGAUAUUUUAUUGCGAGAUGAGUUGGAAGAGGUAGCCAAAAAUUAUCCUGAGCAAUUCAAACAUUGGUACACCAUUGAUAGAGCAAGUGAUGGAUGGAAGUAUAGUGUAGGAUUCGUGAAUGAUGUUAUGAUCAAGGAGCAUAUGUAUCCUCCAAGUUCUACUACAUUGGUUUUAAUGUGUGGUCCACCUCCGAUGAUUCAAUUUGCAUGUAUUCCAAGUUUAAAAAAUUUGGGAUAUAAUGAGAAUUUGCAUUUCUCCUAUUAAUAAUAAACAUUUUUACUAUUAAGUCAUGCAAAAGAUGGAAAAAUGAUGGUCACUUUAUUUUAGUUCUAUUCACAAUAAUAUUUUUAUUGUAUAUAUGUAGUAGUAGUAUGAUUUUCUGCAUUUUUCAUUCUAAGUUGUAUACAUUUCGUUGGCAAUAAU